AUGGAUAUGGAGCAAGAAGAACUCCAAUUCCUAGGCCUCUUCGGCAUCUACAAAGAAACCUUCAAACUCAUCUUCAAGCUAAGAAAAAUCCUCACCCAACUCACCCUCACCCUCAUCCUCCCCCUCUCCUUCAUCUACCUCGCUCAAGAGCGCGUCUCCGAGCUCCUCUUCUGGAAGAUCCGCUUCAACGAGUUCCUCCUCCACGAAGCCCCGCCCGGGACCCUCAAGCACGACCGCCUCUCCGACCUCGUCACCAAGGAAUGGGCCGAGUACGCCCUCCUCAAGCUCGCCUACUUCGCCCUCGUCCUCGUCUUCUCCCUCCUCUCCACCUCCGCCGUCGUCUACACCGUCGCGUGCGCCUUCGCCGGCCGCGACGCGACGUUCCGGACCGUCAUGCGCGUCGUCCCCCGGGUGUGGAGGCGGCUCAUGGUCACCUUCCUCUGCGCCUUCUUCGCCUUCUUCCUCUACAACGUCGGGUUUUUUGUGACCCUGUUCGUGUGGAGCGUCACGAUAUCGGACUCCGUGGCUGGGGACGUGGUGCUUAUCGUGUUCUUGAUCCUCUACGCCGCCGUCUUCGUGUACCUGACGGUGAUCUGGCAGCUGGCGAGCGUGGUGACGGUUCUGGAAGAUUCGUCCGGGAUCGCGGCGAUGGUGAAGGGGAAGAGGCUGAUGCAAGGGAAGAUGAUGGUGGCAGCGGCGAUAUUCUUGAAGCUCAACGUUCUGAUCUUCUUCUUGAACAUUUUCUUCAAGAUCUUCGUGGUGUACAGGAGCUUUAGGGUCGGGCUGGCUCGGAGCUUAGGGUUCGGGGUUCUGUUUCUGGUUGUGUUGUUGGUGACUAUUCUCUUUACAUUGGUGGUGCAGACUGUUCUCUACCUAGUGUGUAAGUCUUACCACCACGAGAACAUCGAUAAGUCGGCGCUUUCCGACCAUCUCGGGGUUUACUUGGGAGAUUAUGUGCCAUUGAUGGCCAAGAAUGUGCAGAUGGAGGACCUUGAUCAUGUCUGA